UUGGAGUUAUACUAUACUUGUACCAUGUCAGAUUCAAGUUUUCUGUGGUUUCCUUUCUUAUGUAGGAAGAUUUUCCCAGAAGGUACCCUCGAAAAUAAACACCAGAAUAGUAAAAUAGGGCGUGAUAAUCUAGGUUGCCUUAUGAAAUUAUAACUGAGACAGUACCCUGAGCACCACAUACUGUUAUUACUGAGCCAAGGUAUUUAAUUAGAUACAAACUCUGGGGUUUAGCUGACCAAACAAUAUUAUUUUGGUGUAAGGUUGGAGUUAUACUCCAUGUUACUAUUGAAUGUUAAUAUUGGCUGUUUCAGAGACUGUUUUUAGUUUCUUUAAUUAAUAAUUUGACUUUUAUUGUAGGAGGAUAUGUUGAUCAGAGUGCUAUGUAUGGUGCACAAGCUGCUCCUGCUACCUCUGCUGCGUAUGGACCAAGUUAUGGUGCUGCACCAACGUCAGCAGCAUCUAUGGCUGCAACAUCAGGAGGGUAUCCUGACUAUAGUCAGAUGACAGCUGCAUCACAAGGGGGAAUACCUGCUGCUGCCCCUGGUGCCCAGCCUCGCUUGGAAACCCCUGCUGCCGCAGAUUAUUCAGCAUAUGGCCUGGGUAACUAUCAGCAACAAGAGUCCAGUUAUGGUCCUGCAAGAACAUCUUUCUCUUCAGAUGCUAGCGGCUACAGUAGCUAUGGGGCUAAUGCCGACCAAACAGGCUAUGGACCAAGUGCCUAUGGAGGUGGAGAGAAUUUUGGACGAGGGACCCCCAAUGUUUCUCGUGGAUUCCAUCCAUACGGACGCUAGAGAACUUUGGCGACGUUUUAUCCAAAAAAUGCAUCUGUUCCGCGUUAAAGUUUCAAAACUGUUUAUCCUUCCUAGCUUUUCAGGAGAUUUUAGACACAAUAUUCUGCAUAUAGCGUCUUUUAACCUCCUUGAAUUUGUUAUUCUUUUGUUUUAGUAGCAAUUCCAGGCGCCAAGGAAGGCUUUUAUACGCCGGCUUUGCUGAGUUGAUACUCAACACUGUAAAAACUAUCGCUUUUUCCCAAACAUUCACACUGCUGACAGCCCUAGCUUCUGACCGAAACUUUUCGAAUCCGGAAUGCUUGUCGUUAUGAUUGCCGCUUAUUAAGUGAUUAUAAUAUUUUGAACAGCUGCAACAAUGUUUUUCACUAGAAUAGAAGUGUCUCCCUGUGCUGGUUAUCUGAGAGCCUUGACAAUUUUAAGUGUGCUCUGGCGGGGAUAACGUUAGUGUAAAGAACCAUUAUGUUAAUUUACAAACGUAAUUUUUUUUCACCGAAUAGGAGAUGUUUAGGAAGCGGCUUUUUAAAUUGACUGUAUCAUUAGUAUGGUGUACCAUCUUUACAACUGCUCAGUAAAAUAUUUUAUGACAUUCUUUCGUGUGAA